GAACCGGAAAAGUGAGGGAUGGGAGAGAAUUCUGGCGAAACUCGGAAGAGGGGGUGAGCUUUUGGUUCCCCGCAAGCUUGAGAUGUCCGGUGGUCUUGACUUCUUGUUUGACCUCUCCUGACGGAAUGAUGUUGACCCGGCUGAAAGCAAAAUCAGAGAGGAAGGUUGCAAAACAGAUUUGCAAAGUUGUAUUGGAUCAUUUUGAAAAGGAAUAUUCCAGAGAACUUGGAGAUGCCUGGCAUACAGUAAGGGAUAUACUAACAUCUCCAUCAUGUUGGCAAUAUGCUGUGCUUCUUAACCGAUUCAAUUAUCCUUUUGAACUGGAAAAGGAUUUACAUUUGAAGGGCUAUCACUCACUCUUUCAAGGAUCUUUACCCUACUAUCCUAAAUCAAUGAAAUGUUACCUUAGCAGAACUCCACACAGAAUGCCUUCAGAAAGACACCGAAUUGGAAACCUAAAAAAAUACUAUCUCCUGAAUGCUGCCUCUCUUCUCCCAGUACUGGCUCUGGAAUUGAGGGAUGGGGAAAAGGUUCUGGAUCUGUGUGCUGGCCCUGGAGGCAAAUCGAUAGCUCUGCUACAGUGUGCUUAUCCAGGUUAUCUUCAUUGUAAUGAACACGAUGGUCUGAGAUUGAGGUGGCUGAGGCAGACGUUAGAAUCUUUCAUCCCACAGCCUUUGGUAAAUGUAAUUAAAGUGUCUGAAUUGGAUGGCAGAGAAAUGGGAGAUGCCCAGCCUGAAACGUUUGACAAGGUGUUAGUUGAUGCUCCGUGUUCAAAUGAUCGAAGUUGGUUGUUCUCUUCUGAUUCUCAGAAUGCAGCCUGUAGGAUAAGCCAAAGGAGGAAUUUGCCUGUUCUACAGAUAGAACUCUUAAGGUCUGCAAUUAAGGCCUUACGUCCUGGAGGGCUACUUGUGUAUUCUACUUGUACACUUUCCAAGGCAGAAAAUCAAGAUGUGAUCAGUGAAGUUUUAAACUCCUACAGUAACAUCAUGCCUGUGGACAUUAAGGAAAUGGCAAGGACUUGCUCCCAAGACUUCACAUUUGCUCCCACUGGCCAGGAAUGUGGGCUAUUGGUGAUUCCAGAUAAGGGCAAAGCCUGGGGCCCAAUGUAUGUAGCCAAAUUGAAAAAAUCAUGGACUACUUGAAAUUGGUGAUGUGCAUUUUGUGAACCAUUAAAUCGAUAACAUGUCAAUGUAUUAUUAUAUUUAUUUAACAUGUAGGCUCUCUACGUGUUAACAUUUAAAUAAAAUGGAGUCACUUUC